GACAUAUACAAGUGACAUUUAUAUUGUUUAGCAACAAGAACUUAUUUGUAUUGCAAACUUUAUAAUUUAUUUGCGGAAAAAUGGGCCGAAGGAAAUCGAAAAGGAAGCCGCCUCCGAAAAGGAAAGCCAUAGAACCGUUAGAUAUAUUAUUCAAUUGCCCGUUUUGCAAUCACGAAAAAUCCUGCGAUGUUAAAAUGGAUAAAGGAAGGAGUACAGCUCGUAUAGUUUGUCGUGUAUGUUUAGAAGACUUUCAGACCACCAUAAACUUUUUAUCUGAACCUGUGGAUGUGUAUAACGAUUGGAUAGAUGCGUGCGAAAACGCCAAUUAAUAUUUCGAUAAAUCACAAUUAUAUUAUAAUUGUAAUAUAAUAUAAUUAACAUUUCAUAAGGCAAAUUACCUUGUUGAGAAGACAGUGUUCGUCAAAACAAUUUUUUUGUAUCUAAGUUUAAAAUGAGUUUU